AUGUCCUCCUUAAACGACCUCCUCAAAAUCGCCAACCCGAUUCGUGCACACGCAUUGAGUAUCUUCAACGUGACAGCACAUCCAGACGAGGUCUUGCAAAUCCCCUCGCGAGAAGAAGGGCGCUUCAUUCGCAUCCACGCCUACAACACACUGAAUCGCGAUGGUCCCGCUCCAGUCCUCGUCAACUUCCACGGUAGCGGAUUCGUCAACCCUCUCCAUGGCAGCGACGACGAGUUUUGCAAGUUCAUCGCCCAGAACACCGGUUUCGUGGUUCUAGACUUCGCCUAUCGACUUUCUCCAGAAAACCAAUAUCCGGCCGCGGUUCACGACGCCGAAGAUGGGGUCCGCUGGAUCCUUUCACACCCAGAAAAAUUCGACGCUUCUCGAUUAUCUAUCUCGGGCUUCAGUGCGGGGGGAAUCUUGUCUCUUGUGCUCAGCUCAGUCAUUUUCCCGCAGGGGACAUUCAAAAAUGUCCUUGCCUUUUAUCCUCCCACUAAUUCUCUCCAGCCAUCCGCUGAGAAGAUUGCCCCCGAUGCAUCGAAAGAUGCGGUUCCUCCCGAGGUGCUAGAUUCAUUCCUGCGAUGCUAUUUCGCUAACCCCGAAGACGCAAAGAGUGAACUUGCUUCUCCUGCGUUCAUACCGGCAGAAAAGUUUUCGGAUCGUCUUUUGCUCGUUACUGCGGGUUGUGAUCGCCUCUGUCUUGAAGGAGAACUUCUUGGAAAUCGAAUCAAAGAUACCACGACCAAGCAUGUACAGAUGCAUCGAUAUGAUUGUUGCGAACAUGCUUUUGACAAAGCAUAUGAGAAGGGGUCUAUCCAGGAAAGAGCGAAAGACAACAUGUACGAAAGAGCUGCCAGCUUCCUCAUAGAAUGA